AUGGAACCGAAAGCUUCCAUAACAUUAGGUGAUUUGUUUAUGAUCAACGUUGCGUAUAUUCAGAAAAGCAAAGAUCAUCUCCAGCGACAAAGUUACCAAGAAAACACAGUCAUUUUGAUGUCCAAGUUCCAGCGAAAUCACUUAAGCACAUUUCUGUUCACAAAGCAAUUGGUGCGUGAAUCCCUUAAGGAAUUAGAUCAUCAUCAGGGCCGUCGUCUUUCCAACGAUGAAUUUCUCGUCGCCCAAAUCGCGACCUAUCUGGGGACGAAAUUUUGCUUCAGUAGCGAAUUUUUGUCCAGUAACUGUCUUAAACCUAUUAUUUGUCUAGGUCUCUACGUGACACUGGCAGAUGAAGCCGAGCCGAGGCCAAGGCCACCAUUAUUUAAUGAGGAGGUUAAGUUUCCAGAUGGUAAAUUGAUCAACCUUGGGACGAGUUUCAGACACGAAUCAAUCCUUGAUAAUUUGGAAUUUCUUACUGGAAUCGAAGUGGAAUCAGGUCGAAGUAGUUACCUAUUCGGAGAUGAAGUCAUUGCAAAGGUCGAUUAUUCUGUCAAAGGCUGCGAUAGUAAUGAUUUGAUUGACGAAUGCCCAGUUUGCUUAGAGAAGUUCCGUGAGGACAACCGAAAGCCGGCGAUUGCUCGGACGGCUUGCUCACACAAGUUCCACCAGUCUUGCUUGCUUAAAUGGUUGGGUAGAAAUGAAGCUGCUUGUCCUGUGUGUAGGUCAUCUUGCAUUGUAUGGGUGAGUGGGUCAGUUAAUCCUAUGCAUGAGAAGAUAACUUUCUGGAACGAGGAAGUACAAACGAGGUUAAAUAAGGGGGAAAGUUCCUUGAAACAUUUUAGGGAAGAAGAAUAA